UACGCGACGAACAGAUAUUUCCUACGUCCUACGUCCUACAUCCUACAUCCAUGCGAAAAACGGUGGCGUGGUGGUCAUAGCCUCUUUCAGACUUCUCUUUCUCUUUGGUUUGACUUUGACCGUUUGACGUUCGACGUUGUGUAAUGUAUAAACAUAUGUAAUAUUUAAUUAUUUCUAUUUAAAAUGUACACAUCUGUGAUUAAAGAGGAGGACGAAAAGGAAGCAGGAAAACAUAAGCGGUGUAAAGUUGACUGCCUUAAAGAAAUUGAGGAAGAGAUACAAGCAUAUUGGGAAAAAUGGAAAUUUCACAAAACGAGCACUGUUCACAUUAAGCAAUCACCUAAUGAAAAAUUUUUUGCGACCUUUCCAUAUCCUUAUAUGAAUGGGCGUCUUCAUUUGGGUCAUGCUUUCUCACUAUCAAAAUGUGAGUUUGCCAUUCGAUACAAUCGUUUCUUGGGAAAGAAGGUACUAUUUCCUUUAGGCUUUCACUGCACUGGUAUGCCUAUUAAAACAAGCGCUGAUAAACUAAAGAGGGAAAUGGAAAUAUAUGGCUAUCCCCCAAAAUUUCCUGAAGACAAUCAAAUAUUGGAAGAAAAAGUAGAUGAUGUGCUAAAGGAUAAAAAUAAAUCUAGAAAGAUUGAGAUGGUGGAGAAAAUGGAUGAUAUUGUAUUAAAAGAUAAGAGCAAAGGAAAAAAGAGUAAGGCAGUUGCCAAAGCAGGUUCAGCAACAUAUCAAUGGAAAAUUAUGCAGUCCCUUGGUUUACAAGAUGAGGAAAUCAAGAAUUUUGUCGAUACUGCAUAUUGGUUAGAUUACUUUCCACAGCAUGCUAUCAAUGAUUCAAAAUCUUUUGGUCUUCAUGUGGAUUGGCGAAGAUCAUUCAUUACAACAGAUGUGAAUCCAUUUUAUGAUUCUUUCAUACGCUGGCAAUUUCAUCAUUUGAAAUGUAAGAACAAAGUGAAAUAUGGAAAGAGAUAUACUAUUUUUUCACCAAAAGAUGGUCAACCAUGUAUGGAUCACGAUAGAUCCUCUGGUGAAGGCGUUGGACCACAGGAAUAUACAUUAAUCAAGAUGAAAGUGCAAUGUCCUCAAAAAAUUAAGAAUUUUGGUAAUAAAUCAGUUUAUCUCGUAGCUGCAACUUUGAGACCGGAGACAAUGUAUGGUCAAACAAACUGUUGGGUACAUCCAGACAUAAAUUAUAUUGCAUAUAAUUUAGCAUGUGGGGAUAUAUAUAUUUCUACAGAACGUGCGGCGAGAAAUAUGUCCUAUCAAGGUUUCUUCAAAGAAGAGGGAAAGAUAGAUAUUGUUUGCAAUCUCACGGGCAAAGACUUAUUAGGAUUAGCAUUGGAAUCUCCUCUCACAAGUAAUAAGGUGAUCUAUGUAUUGCCUAUGUUGACAAUAAAAGAAGAGAAGGGUACUGGAAUUGUAACAUCUGUCCCCAGUGAUUCUCCUGAUGAUUAUGCCGCAUUAGUAGAUCUGAAAAUGAAACAGCCACUUAGAGAAAAAUAUAAGAUCACCGAUGAAAUGGUGUUGCCAUAUAAUCCAAUUCCCAUAAUCGAAGUUCCAGAAUUGGGCAAUUUACUAGCGGUAUCAUUAUACAAACAAUUCAAAAUUCAAUCUCAAAAUGAUAAAGUCCAACUCAUGAAAGCAAAGGAGAUAGCAUAUUUGAAAGGAUUUUAUGAUGGUGUAUUAGUAAUAGGUCCACAUAAAGGCAAAAAAGUACAAGAUGUCAAAAAACUAAUUCAAAAAGAAAUAAUUGACAAUGGUGAAGCUAUAAUCUAUUAUGAACCAGAGAAAACUAUUAUUUCAAGAUCAAAUGAUGAAUGUGUAGUGGCCCUAUGUGAUCAAUGGUACUUGGAUUAUGGUGAAGAAGAUUGGAAGAAAAAGACACUUAAAGCUUUAGAGAAUCUUGAUACCUUCCAUGAUGAAGUUAGAAAGAAUUUCCUUAGAUGUUUCGACUGGUUACAUGAAUAUGCAUGCUCUAGAAAAUAUGGACUUGGCACCAAAUUACCAUGGGACGAAAACUGGUUAAUCGAAUCUUUAUCAGAUUCGACUAUUUACAUGGCAUACUAUACAAUAGCACAUUUUUUGCAAGCAAAUCUUAAAGGAGAUGAACUUACUAUACAUCAAAUAAAACCCAGUCAAAUGACUCCAGAAGUAUGGGAUUAUAUCUUCUUCAAAGACAUUGAUUUUCCUGAAACAAGUAUAGAUAAAACAAUUCUAGAUCAAAUGAGAUGCGAGUUUCAAUAUUGGUAUCCAGUAGAUUUGAGAGUGUCAGGAAAAGAUCUGAUACAGAAUCAUCUCACAUAUUUUCUUUACAAUCAUACAGCAAUAUGGCCGGAUCAACCUGAAUUGUGGCCAAAAGGAAUAAGAGCAAAUGGUCAUCUGCUUCUGAAUUCAUCAAAAAUGUCCAAGUCAGAGGGCAAUUUUUUAACACUUGCCGAAACUAUAGAAAAAUACUCGGCUGAUGGAACUCGUUUCUGUCUAGCUGAUUCUGGUGAUUCGAUAGAGGAUGCCAAUUUUGUUGAAAAUUCAGCCGAUGCAGGAGUUCUUAAACUAUAUAAUUUCCUUUCUUGGGUCAAAACAAUAUAUGAUAAUGAUGAAAAAAUGCACUACAGAGAAGAAUGGCCAUAUACUUUCCAUGACAAAGUUUUUGAAAGCGAAAUGAACUUAAAAAUAAGAGAAACUGGUGAAAAUUAUUCGAAAAUGCUUUACAAGGAAGCAUUAAAGACAGGAUUUUAUGAAUUUCAAGCAGCAAAAGAUAAAUAUUUGCAAUUAAGUGAAAUGGAAAAUUACAAUAAAACUCUUAUUAUGAAAUAUAUACAAACUCAAACAAUUAUGUUAGCUCCCAUUUGUCCACAUAUUUGCGAACAUAUAUGGAAUAUAUAUAUACAUAAUAAUACAGUAAAGCCCUGUAGCAUAUUCAAUGAAAAAUGGCCUGCUGUGGGAGAAAUAGAUGAAAUUCUAAUAAAAUCAUCCCAAUAUCUGAUGGAUGCUGCUCACACAUUCAGAAAUCUUCUAAGAAAUUACAAUACAUCAAAGAAGUCUUCAAAGAAAGAUAGUGACAUAGAGAAACCUAAGCAAGGAAUUAUAUGGAUAGCCAAGACUUAUCUUCCUUGGCAAAAUGUUGUUCUUACAACUAUGAAAGAAAUGUAUCUUAAAAAUGGAAAUAAAUUACCAGAUAAUAAAGUACUCGUUACAGAGCUAGGAAACAGAGAAGAGUUGAAAAAAUAUAUGAAAAAAGUAAUGCCAUUCGCGCAAUUUAUAAAGGAAAAAAUGGAAGCUAUUGGUAUUAGUGCCCUAGAUUUGACACUUGAAUUUAACGAGUUUGAGAUACUUGAAAAGAACAAGAAGUAUCUUAAAAAAACAUUGGAGCUUGAGCAUAUUGCCAUAAAAUAUACUGACAAAGCUCCAGAAAAGACAAAGGAAGGAUGUUCUCCAGGAUUUCCAUAUAUGAAUUUUUCUACAAAGCCUGCACUUCUAAUGCACAUGAGUAAUCCACAAAUUUACAGUGGUUUAUUUGAACUACCUGUGAAGGUUUCACUUGCAAUGAAUACAGUUGAAGAUAUCGUAUCGUAUAUUGUAAAAAAACAUAAGCAUAUAAAUGAUCCUGCUUCCAUCGUAUUAUAUCGGUAUGAUGACCCAUGUCUGGGAUCAAGAAUUAAACCAGAAAUAGAGACUAUUUUAAAAAGAAAAACUGAGAUUCCACCUAAUGCUAUAUUUAAUGUAAAUACAGAAACAGAAAGUAUUGAAAUCAGCAUUGGAAAUAAUAUAUACCCAAUAGGCAAGUACUUAAUAUAUAUUGAUAAAUCUUUGGAAAAUUAAAUGCGAUAGAUUUGAUUCCAAUAAUGAAAAGUUAUAUUAUUGUCACAUAAGUAUGUAAUCAAUUAUUUGUGAAACAAUGAAAAAUAUGAUUAUUGAUAAAUUUAUAAAACAGUAUUUCAUAAAAUAAUUAUUGUGCAUUAUAUAAUAUAAAAGAAAAGAA